CCUACCAUACCUGAUCCCCACUUCUCUUCCAGUCUCCUCUCCCCAUACUGCCCCUGGCUCCCCGCUACUGACCCAGAGAUGGAGCCAGACAUGCCCACUGAAGGGGUCAGGUUCCAGUGACUUGCUCCCAAGUUCGCCAAUCACCUGGAGUUGUGAAAGAAGGGGCAUUGUGGACUUCUUCGACCCUAAAAAAAAGCUCCAAAACCUUAAGGAGACGAAAUGAUCGCGGAAGCAUUAUGGGAGAGGUCCAAAAUGGGUGAGAAGUGAUCGAGUACCGUGGGGCGGGAACUGACUAACCUAGAGUCUCCGCAACCACUUCCACUAAGAGCAUGAAGAGCCUAGUGAGAGGGGCCUCCCUAGAGACCCAGAGACACCAUCUCUAUCUACUACCAGAUACUCAACAAUUUCCCUGGGAGUAAGGGGCCUGAAACUAGUUCCCUCCUCACCCUACUUCGUCCCCAGGGCUAGGUUUAGAAAUGCAUGAAACCUUUGGGGUAAUCGUUCGACCUGCCAGCAGGAGAGAGUAGACUACGGGAAAAGCUCCCGAACUGAUUUUCGCCAGAGUAUCAAAAGAAUACCAGUUCAUCCCCUCUCUUCACAUCUCGCACUUUGAGAUCUGGACUGGAGAUGGUCAAAAGAUCCAUCCCCCUUCACUCCACCUAGUCCUAGUACCUCGAGGUGUGGGUUAGGGGAAAAGGAAACUGACUCCGACUCUUGCCACCUUCCACAACAAGAGCCUGGGUAGGGGGACAACCCGGAACCCCGCCCUCCCAACAGAAGCCCUAGCUCCUAGGGCAGCGAUUGGGGGAUGCAGAUAUUCCCUCCCCUGCCUGGCAACCUUAGUCUCAGCUAUCCCCUGAGGUGGGCGGGGCUAGGCAGCUGACAGAAGCUGCACCUUAGCUGGGGCUGACCCGGGGCGGUCCAGCGUACAGGACUGUGCCCGGGGCUCGGGUGCGCGUGAGAGGAGACCGGGCGCGCGCGAGCGGGGGCGCGCGGGGAGAAAGACACUGGGAGGCGGCGGCCGAGGGGCGGGGAAGUGCCGAACGGCCCCGCGCCUGGCUGGGAUGCGUGCAGGCGGCAGCCGCGUCGGCUUAGGAGUCCCGCUGACUGGGGAACCGAACAGCGUGGACUGGGAGAAGACGGCAGACACCAGCAAGAAGCAGCAAAUUUUUUCCAUUGAAAAACCUCUGUAAUGGAUUUGAAAUAAACUUGAGGAGGGGUUGUGGACGCGCCAAGCCCGUAUGGAGCCCCGGAGCUGACCACACGCGCCAGCCCGUCGGGGGCCCACGCGCAGCCCGCCAAAGCCCAUCUCCUCUACCAGGUAGCCCAGCUAGCUUUCCUGCCCUAGAGGAUCAGACCGAGCCGAACCAGGUGGCUGGCCGCGCAUCCCUUCUUCCCUGCCCCGGCCGGGUCUGGAGAAUGCCUGGGGCCCCUGCAGCCGUCUAAGUAACCGAGGAGUGAAGGAGGGCAAAGUCCCGAGCGGGAUGGUGCAACAGAAGAGAGGUCGCGUUGGCGAAGCCAAGCGGGAAGGCUGCCAGCCGCCGGCUGCGGGCGAGAGGGCGCGGCUCCGCCGGGAGACCCCUGGUGAGCCGGGCUGGUGCAAGACCCCCAGCGGCCACAUCAAGCGGCCCAUGAACGCUUUCAUGGUAUGGUCGCAACACGAGAGACGGAAGAUCAUGGACCAGUGGCCCGAUAUGCACAACGCCGAGAUCUCCAAGAGACUGGGCCGCCGCUGGCAGCUGCUGCAGGACUCCGAGAAGAUCCCGUUCGUCCGCGAGGCUGAGCGGCUGCGUCUCAAGCACAUGGCUGACUACCCGGACUACAAGUACCGGCCCCGUAAGAAGGGCAAGGGGGCGCCCAGUAAGGCGCGGCCCCGCCUCCCCAGCAAGACUAAGCCGGCGCUGUUGGGCCGCGGGGGUGGGGGGCGCAGGAAGACAGCCGGGGAGUCUGGGGAGCAGCGCGGGGGAGGCCCCACUCUGGGGGAGGAGGUGGAAGCCGAGGACGAAGAGGAGGAGGAGGAGGAGGAACUAUUGGAAGUGCGGCUGGUGGAGACUCCUGGGCGCGAGCUGUGGCGGAUGGUCCCUGCGGGGCGGGCUGGGGGGAGACCAGGGGAGCGGGCAGGGGGGCCGCGCCCGGAGCCGCAAUCGGAAGAAGCUGGGGGUACCCCCGAGACUUCGAGAUCCUCGCAGCGCGGAGUGACCGCCACCUCGCCGCUUGGCUCCCCGGCGCCCUCCUCCCUGGUUCCUUCAGACGAAGAGCGCGAGGAAGAAGAAGAGGGGAGAGAGGAGGAAGAGGAGGAGGAGGAAGAGGAGGAAGAGCCGGAGAAGGAACCUCUUGGGUUCCUGCCCCGGCAACUCCCAGGUACCAUAGGCCCUGGCCUAGACUGCACCGCCCUCGACAGGGACCCGGACCAGUUCCCUCCUGCAGGGACCUCGCACUUCGAGUUCCCGGACUACUGCACCCCCGAGGUGACCGAGAUGAUCGCUGGAGACUGGCUCAUGUCCAGCAUCGCGGACUUGGUCUUCACCUACUGAGCCAGGCACUCACUAGGUGACUCGGACUCCACAAAUCAGGUCGCACUCAAAAACCAGCUGUUUACAUACAGGAAUCAGGUAUUUUUGGCCUUCAGCCCCAUCAAAGGCAAAGGCUUCCGCUGUCACCCCAUCCCCGAAUCAAACGCCCUCAGCCAUGCCUCCACACUCAGCCUACCCUACAACCCAUCCCCUAUGGACACACCCCACUUUCCAUGACUUGCACCCAGACACGCCCCUCUCUCCAUCUUUCUAGACACACCCCUCUCUCCAUACUCCUAGACACACCCCUCUCUCCAUCCCUUAAACACAGAAACACAUGGGUCUUUGCUCCUUCAAUCCCCUACAUACUGGCAUGCUCCUUUCUCCAUCCCAUAUACACACCCCUUUCUUUGUGGUGGAAGCAUGGGGUAGUGGAGCUGGAAGAAUCCUCUUCGAGUUCCAGCUCUGACCCUAACCAGCUGUGUGACCUUGGGCAGGUGAUUUGACUUCUCUCUGCCUAAAUUUCCUUAUCUGUAAAAUGAAGUGGUUGGAAUAGAUGACCCCUAAGAUCCCUUCCAGCUCUAGAAAUCUAUGAAACUUCCCCUUAUAUGGACGCAGACACAACCCUCUCUCCAUUCCUUAUAGAGACACUUUUCUCUCCAUCCCUUAGGGAGGCAGCUCAUUACUGCCCUGGAUUAGGAAUCAGAGGAUCUGUGUUCAAAUUCCAGAUUAAAAUAACUACCUGUGUGACUUUGGGCAAAUCCCUUCACCUUUUGG